GCUCAGAUUUCGCUAGUCUUUGUCCUGUGAGCUAAGCCGAUGAUACUCGACCACUAAAGCAGAAUACUUCAAGCAUGCACCUGUUCAAUAAUCUAAAAUAAACAAAGAACCGUCAAGAAUUCCAUCAAGCUUUUUUCAUUGUUAUGAAAAUUGUAAUAUUUUUAGUUACUUCAAAUUCGCGCUAAUACCUUCAAAUUUCAAGUGAGUUAUUGUUAAGUUUGCUAUCUUAAUCAGGCAGAAGUGGGACAUUACAUUACAUAACCGCAACAUUAUCAAUUCAAAAGACAAAACUAACACUCUUUUUAGUUGGAUCAAUUUUAAAACAAUUUUACAUUCCGUUUUUACCUUAUUACUUAGAGGUUUUACGUUAUUAUACCUACAUAAUCAAAUUUGCAUUUUCGAUUUUGAAUUUUUCAACAUAAUUUGUAAAUUUUUUUUCCGCUUGAGAUAAACUAAAUGACCAUUACAUACACAGUUAGUCUUUGAAAUUUCCCAAAUUGAUGGGCUAGAUUCUUUCGAACAUUUAAACAAUUAGGAGCGCCAUUUGUAGAGUGUCGCCAAGAGCUUUUUUCACUGCUUUGUCAGAAGAAUUUGAGCUUACCGACAUUUAAACCGUUUUCUUCUUUUCCGCUCUCAGAUUUCAAAAGAAGGUUUUUGUCAAAUAUUCCUACCUAUAGUGACAUUACGAAACCUUGUAUAAGGCUUUACGUUCUUGGCUAUUCAAAAUGUGAGUCAUAAAAAUAUUCAUUUAUUUUGCAAACUGUUUUCAUGGCAACACUCGAGAUAAAUCACUGAAGCUAAAUUUGCAUUCGAGCAUUAGAUGGCAAAUGGGAUGCUCUUUGACUUCAUUUCUUAAAUUCCAAAAAAAUUAUCAGCUUACAUUGCGAUCUUACCUGUUCGAUGAAAUUAACGCAUUUUAAAGUUAUGUUUUUUCUGCCUUAAGACAUUGCCAUACCUACCUUGAAACAUAUCAAUAACUUCAAAGAAAACCGCACGCACAAAUAAAACAAGGAAAUGAUGAAACCUUUGAUUAAUUUUCUUCUUCCUGCAAUUUUCCUGUCCUUGGUUUUUGUUUGCGACGCUUCAAACAGCUCAGAUGAUUCGGGAUGUGUGGACGCCAAAAAGUGCAGCAGAGAUGGGGGAGUGUUGUUGCCCGCUUGGAAACCAGUAGAGGACAUAAGCGGGGGACAAAAAGUGUUGCGGGCUACAGUAUACCUUUUGGGUCUUUUCUACCUUUUCGCUGGAGUGUCAGUAAUUGCCGACAUUUUUAUGGAAUCAAUUGAGGUCAUAACGUCACAGACAUACCUGAAGACCUAUCCCUCUGGGAAGACAUACGAAGUGAAGGUGUGGAACGAAACGGUAGCCAAUUUGACUCUUAUGGCUCUGGGCUCCUCGGCACCCGAAAUCCUUCUGGCUACAAUUGAAAUCAUGGGAAACGAAUUCCAAGCUGGGGAGUUGGGACCUGGAACUACAGUUGGGUCGGCGGCUUUCAACCUGCUGGUGAUCUCGGCAGUUUGUGUCAGCUCCAUCAAAGACGGAAACAUUAAAAAGAUCAAUAACUACCCCGUGUUUUUAUGUACAUCCAUCUGGAGUCUCUUCGCCUACGUCUGGUUGUACUUGAUGAUUGUAGUGAUAUCGAAGGAAGUCAUCGAAAUUUGGGAAGGUGCUUUGACGUUGGGAUUCUUCGUCAUAUUCAUCGUCAAUGCGUAUUUGAUUGACAUUUAUGGACAUCAUUUAGUUCGCUUCGUUGAACGAAAAGUUAUGACGGUUAAAAGCGUGGACGAAAAUGGAAAUGAAAUGUCAACAAGCAUGAAAAGUCUUGAAAACGGAAACGGAAAUGCCGUGUUUGACAACCUAGACAGCACUACACAUUUAAACCACACUGACAAUGCACGACGUGAAGUCGCACAACCACGAAUGAAGACGACAAACAACACCCGAGCUGAAAUUGUGAAAGUACUGAACCGAAAUCGAAAAGUUUACGCGCAUGAUCGUGUUAUGUUCAAAGAAAAAUCAAUCGAAGAUGUAACAGGUUUACUAGUUGAAGGCCGAGGCAAAGCUUACUAUAGAAAACACAAAGCGGACAUUGAGCACAAAAAGCGAGAAUACGAAGUCCUUGUUGAACAGAUGAUGCGAAGCAUGGAGUCUGUAAAUCAGCAUGCUUCAGAGAGGAAUGUCAUUUUCCCCGACCCCUUGACCACUAAGUUUCCCGAAAGUGUCGGACGGGCAAAGAUAAUGUUAUGCAGAGACGGUCCUUUCAUUCACACGACUACGAGGUGUAAAUUCAGAACGGCCGAUGGAAAGGCUAUUUCAGACAGAACUGCACAAAUGAAGAUUGGAGAGAGCCCUGAUUAUAUUCACACAGAAGGCACUGUCACUUUUUUCCCGAAAGAGACCAUCAAGUGGGUCUAUGUGGAAAUAUGCGAUGACGCGGAAUACGAAGAAGACGAGGACUUCUACAUCGAGCUGUGGGAUCUAGAGGAGAUCCCUUGCAAGGAUCCCAGAUACAAGUCCCCCAUUCUCAAGGACAAACGCAUCCAGUGCACCAUUCUCGAUGACGAUCAUUUCGGAAUGUUUGAGUUCAUAGCACCCGAAGUUGAAGUAUCCGAAAACUCAGGCAUCGCGACUCUGAAGAUAUUAAGACUAAAGGGAUGUCAAGGUCACAUCAGGUUGACCUUUGACGUCGAUCAAGGCUCGGCUGUCUCGGAUCGGGACUUCGUAGCUCCUCGAUAUCGGGAGAUUUAUUUUCGAGACAAACAGUUGGAAAGUGAGAUGGAAAUUCAGAUCCUGAAUAAUCUGGAACUGCAGAAAGAUGUGACCAAGUCAUUCGUGGUUCGACUCACAGCUCUGCGUUUGCUUUCUUCAGAUGAGAACCUAACAGAGGAGUCUAAGCCUGAGAUUGGACAGUGCAACCAGUGUCAAAUUAGCAUCACGUCAGCAGGUCACGAUGAGUCAUCGAUGGAUCUGCUGCUGAGCAAGAGUGACGAGGGUCCAAACGGCAGCUACAUGGUCCAGUUCAAAAACAUAUGCAAAAUACAUAGUGACGACAAUCCAGAAGAACCCCUUUCUUGUUGGGACAUAUUCAUCUUCAUAUUUCUCCUCCCCUUCAAGGUCCUGUUCGCCCUGGUGCCCCCUCCCGGCCUCUGGGGUGGGUUCCCCUGUUUCGUGGCGGCCAUAUGCGUCAUCGGUGGAAUGACCGCAAUCAUAGGUGACCUGGCCUCGUUCUUCGGAUGUACGGUGGGUUUGAAGGACUCGGUGACUGCAAUCACCAUUGUGGCUCUCGGCACUAGCCUGCCGGACACAUUCGCCAGCAAAGUGGCCGCACAGAACGACAGAUACGCCGACUCCUCCCUCGGAAACAUAACGGGCAGCAACGCAGUCAACGUCUUUCUCGGAGUGGGUGUGGCCUGGUUCGUGGCAGCUGUCGUCAAUCGAGCCAAAUACGACCAGGACUUCGUGGUUCCCGAGGGCGACUUGGGAAUCUCAGUUGCCGUGUUCCUCGCACUCGCUUGUGUCGGAUUCGCCGUUCUGAUUGGUCGCCGAGUGCUGUUCAAAGCCGAACUGGGAGGACCCGACAUGCCGAAAUACGUUUCGUGUGCAAUGCUAGUAUUCUUGUGGGUCACUUAUAUAACUGUCUCGACAAUGAAUGCGUAUUGCCUUUUUUGAAUUGCGUGAUUGUAUAAAUUGAUUAUAUAUUUUUUAAAACAAAGAAAAAUAAGAAAAUCACUAGUCCUGUAUUUGUUAGAUUUUUCCGAGUUGAUUGUUGUCAUAGUUUCAUAGCCAAGUUUCGUAAAAUUGUUAUCUCACUUAAAUAAACAAACUUCGCCGGCUUUUGGAAUUCAUGACGAUGUAGAAUCUUAUUAUAUCCAAAUUUGAAGUAUUUUCAUUUUUAG